AUGGCCGCCCCACUCUCUCUAGAACAGCAAGUCGGCAACAAAUGGAACCACUCAUUUGCUCGACUCAAUCGCGGAGAGCCAGGGGUUUCGGGCCUUAUAUCCUUCAGCGAGGCGUGGCGAACCACCACAGAUUUUCUGUAUCCGAGGAACUUGAACGACCCUCCUUCCGCCCUCAGGCAAUAUAACGUCCAAGACGUCAGGGCAUCCUUUGACACUCUGAGCAAGGCGAAAAUGCUUCCACUUCUCAUGGAAAACUUUCUGGAGAACAUGCGACAGCAGCAACAUCUCAUAGAGGAAGAGAUAGAGGCUUUCAUGGAGGAGUACCAAGAAACACGGUCUCCAGAGUCAAUAGGGAACAUGUUGUUCAGGCUAGUCGACUGGUACAGGGCAUGGUCACCUAUACCAGAGCUCGGCAGCACUCUCCUCUCUGCGUACACCCUUGGCUUUCAGACCCAGAUCUACUCGAUAUUUCCACCACUGUUCUCCGAAGGUUUCAAGGCUCUCAUUGCGUCCACGUUCGACUUGGUCACCCAGCCGGCGGCCGAACCACCAACCAUAUGGUCAGCUGCUCCAGCACGCCCAGACCUUCCGCUAUGGGCCGCAUGUGAAAUGCUAGGCUUGUUGGACCGGUACGAGUCGCUCAUCGCGAGCGUAUGCUACGAGUACAUCGAAGCACACGUGAUGGAGACCUGCAAGCGCAAGUGGGAUGAGUCCAUGCUCUCGGCCCUGAGAGAUUGGAUGGCAGAGAAGGUGGUUCCAUGGAUGGUGAUGCCAUACGCCAGAGGGGCAAGGACUUCGGACGAGGCACGGUCUAUGCUUCAAGGGGUAGGCUCUAGAUUCGACUAUCAUGUGUGUAGAACACUCUGUGACCUACGGACGGAGGAAAUCUUCGAUAUCAUCAUCGACUUUCCAGACUCGACACCUGCACUGCAGGACAUCAAAGAGUGCUUAGUACGGGUCGACCAACGAAGUCAACUAGUCAGCACGCUGCGUAAAGCGAACAACAAGCGUCUACUUCACCCCGGUGCUGAUACCAAGGACAUCAUCACCCAAUAUGUCUCGAUAAUUAGAUGUCUGCGCCUCAUAGACCCUCCAGGCGUGCUGCUGUACAAAGUGGCAGAUCCCAUCCGCAAAUACCUAAGAGGGCGACCAGAUACCAUUCGAUGUAUCGUAGCAAGUCUUGUAGGAGAUGGAGAGAGUGGUGACUCGCUUGUAGACGAGAACGAGCCAAUCCAGCCCCUACAGCAGCGCCAAGCGGACGAUUUCACCGACCCGAACUGGGAGCCUGACCCGAUAGAUGCUGGCCCAGAUUUCCGCACGAACAAGCCCACCGACGUCAUCAGCACCCUUGUCAGUAUCUACGACUCCAAGGACCUCUUCGUGAAAGAACUGCAAGUCCUCCUGGCCCAACGAUUACUGGCGGUCACAGAUGGCAACUACGAGCGAGAGCGCCGGAACAUCGAAAUUCUCAAGAUCAGGUUCGGAGAGGCUGCAUUGCAAGUGUGUGAGGUCAUGUUGCGCGACAUGACUGACUCUCGACGAGUCGACCAGCAUGUUCAGUCACGGAAACCGAUGCCGAUACACCCUACUAUCGUGUCGCGUCACUUCUGGCCUCCGUUGCAAGCCAGCAACCUGAACAUGUCAGGCACGUUCAAAGACAUGCAAGACGAGUACGCGAAGGAGUUCCAUACCUUUAAGCCCGACAAGCGGCUCUACUGGCUCCCGCAUCUCGGCACGAUCACUUUGGAGAUCGAGCUCCAAGAUCGCACAGUCAACGCGGAAGUGCAGCCUGUUGAGGGUGCCAUCAUCGAGCUUUUCUCUCGCAAAGACACGUGGAACGCCGCGGACAUCGCUACGGAGCUCAAAAUCACUCAGCCUGCCGUUCUGAAGGGUGUGGGCACGUGGGUCGACCUUGGGGUGCUCAAGGAAGACGAGGUGAACUUGUACCGGCUGCUAGAGAUCGCUGAAGACAGCCCAGAGGGGCCGAAGCCCACCACUCGCACGAUGACGGCGGAGGAAGCUCCCACGGUAAUGACGGUGCAGGAACAACAAGCGGAGCAGAUGAAGGUGUAUUGGAAGUUUGUCGAAGGGAUGCUCACGAACCUCGGCUCCCUGGACCUCUCGCGCAUUCACAACAUGCUCAAGCUUGCGCAGGGAUACGACCGCACCAUUGAACAGCUCGGGGAGUUCAUGGAGGCCGCGAGGCGAGAAGGGCUGGUCUUGGUCAAAGACGGGAUGUGGAAGCUGAAUCGAUAA